CACUGGUUUCUGCUGAUAUCUACCCUGAAUGCUGUCUUGUAUCUUCCCUGUCAUGUUUCGUGUUCAGCCAGUCUGUAAGUCUUUUGUUCAUUGUUAUUAUUAAACUACUCACCAUGCGGCUCCCGUCCUCAUGUAUGCACUUCGUUCCUGCUUCAUCUCUACACACCCUGACAGCUCCAUUCAUUGUAGGAGGCAAACGAGGAAGCUGUUUUCAAGUGACGUGUGUGCUGACCAGAUAAAGGUUGGCUUUCAGAGACCAAGGUUGAACCUUGGUCUCUGUGUCGGGUUGGGUCCCACCUGCUACUCCAGGAAAUGUAGGUCUGAUCAACAGCACAGUCCACGGCAGGAGCACUUCCGCAGGUGACAACACUGAAAUGAUUGCUUCCUGGAAAUUAUGUUUUAGCCUUAUGUCCAUUUGUUCACUACAAUGCAGAGUGGUGUCACAGAAGCUCCGGCUGGAGCCUCUCAACUCAACAGUGCUGCAAGAUUCUGAUGUCCAGUUUAACGCCACCAUUCAGGGAGACUGGGAGGUCACAACCUGGAAUGUUGGAGGGAUUCAAGUCCUUACAGUUGUCAACUCAUUAGAUAGCAUAAUCCCUUCAUCUGACAGAUUCUCUGCCAGAUUCUGCCUCAAUGGCAGCAAAGGUUGUGUGGAGUUCACCAUCCAUAAUGUCAGCCGAACAGAUGCUGGGGACAUUGUGUGUACUGUACAAGGUUAUCAACCACUGAAAGCCCAGCUUUAUGUACAAGAGAGGGGUACCGUCAGCAUCCUGGGUGGGGAUGUGACGAAGAUGCAGGGUGAGCAGGCAGAGUUUGAGUGUCUAACAACUGCUUGGUUCCCCACACCAACCAUCAGCUGGACCCAAAAUGACCAGACUGUGGACAGCAGCCUCUACAACACCACCAGUUUAACUGAUGGAGAUUCCUUCAACUCCACCACUAUUCUCAAGCUCACAGCAGUCAGCAACACAAGAGUGAAAUGUCUGGCUACUCUUUACGCGCUAGCAACUCCACAAUCCAGCUCUGUCUACAUGGUGGUUGUUCCCAAGCCCACAGACUGGACAGUGCUGAUAGCUGUAGUUGUGUCGUUUGGAAGUUGUGCUUUGCUGGUUUUACUCAUCAUCGGAAUCAUCUUCUGCUACAAACGCAGGAAAGAAAAAGAACCAAAUUACCAAGAUGAAAUGAGGAAGGUGAAAACACAGAGCCAGUUAAGUGUUAUCAAUACAGUUGAACAGGUAACAGGACAGGUGAAUGAAACCUACGAGCCGGAGAAUCAGAGUAACCACACAAAUGUUGGGCUUAAACCAGGCUUUGUGAAACACAGACAUGUCACCAUUGUGUGAUGACACACUGAGGUUGGAGAGCUCUACAGAUGUUUGACAUUCUUUAGGAAGGAACGUUCAGAGCACCUUAAAGUUUUUCUGCUAUUUAGUCCACAGUCUGGAGAAGGUAAGUAAUAAUGAUAAUAGGAACAUCUCUUUGAAAAAUCCACACUAUUCCCUAAAGGAGACAAGUUUUUUGUUGAAUUAUGUGAAAUUCCUGGUAUGUUUUCACUGAGAAAUUAGUUGUAUUUUAACACAGAAUGUUCUAAGUUUUCCUCUGUUAUAAAUGUCUACAAUAGUCUCCUGAAACAGUAUUAUCUGCAGAAUUUCCUUUUUUGACAUGUUGCUACUUUCAUUUAGAGAAAUAUUGUAGGUAGAAUAUUAUGUUUGAGAUUUGUCAUAGAAAUGAGUUGUAGUUAAAAACCCUUUUCACCUAAGAUUUAAAUAUCUUCAGCAAGGAGACAACAUGUCUACUUU